UCUUUAAUAUUGUUUUAAAAUGACUCUUCGGAGAAAUAUUCUUCCAAAAUCAAGAGGUGAAAUGAUGUCAACAUUAGCGAAUAUGAUUUCGUGUCCUUUAAAUUAUUAUGUUUUUAACUUUGUAGUCCUACCAAGAUACUAUAAAAUGUGGUCUUUUGAAUACAAUAUACAUUUUAUAAUCAUUAUAAUAACGACAUUUAUGAUGUACGCAAAUAUGAUUGCAAUGAUCUUCUGUGACACGAGCGUAAAAGGAAGGAUCCCAAGUGGAACAGUGGUCAAAGACUGGAAAUAUUGCGAAAAAUGUGAAAUUUCGGCACCGCCAAGGUCAUGGCAUUGUAACAUUUGUGAUGUCUGCAUUCUCAAGAGAGACCAUCACUGUUUUUUUACCAGUUGUUGCAUAGGUUUCCACAAUCAUAGAUAUUUCUUCAUGUAUUUGUUUACCGUCGCUUUCGAUGCGUUCUAUAUGUCUUAUUUUAAUUUCUACUAUUUCUGGGAAAAAGCAACCUUUGAGUAUACAUGGACAUCUUUAUUAAAACUACUUUUUCCUUUUAUAAGCGUGUUUUUUAUGGAGUGGUCUUCUAUACACUUUCAUUUCAUCAUUAUAAUAGAAACUUUUUGUUUCGGUUUAAUGGCUGGUUUUCUUUUCUUAUGGUGCGGAUAUCUAAUUACAAGAAACAUGGUAUUGUUUGAUAAAAAGCGAGCGAUAAUAUACGAAAGAGGGUUUUUGGAAAACAUUAAAGUUGUGUUUGGAGAAAGAUGGUAUUUUGUUUGGCUUGGACCAUGGGUCAAAAGUAGACUGCCUUGUGACGGUAUGAAUUGGGAAAAAUAUAUGUAGGUAAUUGUGGAUGUAUUAUGGAAAAUAAUAAUUAAGUUGUUUUGGG